UUCAAAAGAUAGAAAAUUUUACUGCAUAGCCUACAAUUUGUAAUCAAAUUGGGGACGGAGGGAAUACAAAAUUUUAAAAUAAAAUUUCUAUAUUAAAAGACUAGUGAUUUUUUUAAAAAAGAAAUGAUGUAACUACAACUUGACCGCCUUAAAAAUCUGCAAUCACACAAUCAUACCUGCAUCGCUGACUUGCUGUAAUGGAGAACUCGCGCGAACCCGACCACGACCUCCUCACCAUUCCUAGCUUCACCAGUUGGUUUUCGUGGAAUAGCAUUCACGAGGUGGAGAAGCUGUCCCUGGGGGAGUUCUUUGAUGGGAGCUCCAUCACGAGGUCGCCCAGGAUAUACAAGGAGUACAGGGACUUUAUCAUCUCCAAGUUCCGGGAGGAUCCGACCCGGAAGCUCACAUUCACGGAGGUGCGGAAGUGUCUGGUGGGAGACAUCUGCGUGCUCCUGAAGGUCUUCACGUUCCUCGAGAAGUGGGGGCUCAUCAAUUUCGACCCAAGUAAACCGGAGCCUGUUCAAGCUGGGGCCGAGGAUGAGGAGGAAGAGGGUAGGAAGUGGAGGGUUAAGGCCGAGGAAGGGGUUCCUUAUGGUGUCAGAGUUGUUGCCACACCAAAUUCAAUUAAGCCCGUUGCCCCGCUGCCCCCUGCAAUGGGGGUUGCUGCUGUUGGGGUGCAGAAUGUGGUCAAGAUGCCGCCGCUGGCAUCCUACUCUGAUGUUUAUGGAAAACUGUUGGAGCAACAGAAGGAGAGUUUGACAUGUGGCCACUGCAAUGAGCCUUGUGCAUCUGGGCAUUAUGAGUGUAACAAGGAAGGGAGCAUUAUCCUCUGCGAGAAGUGCUUCAAAGAUGGCAGUUUUGAUAAGGAUAAGUGUGCAGAUGAUUUCACGUUCAUUGAAAGUGGGAACCAUCAGGUUAUCUGGACGGAUGCAGAAACUUUACUCCUUUUUGAGUCUGUUCUCAAACAUGGAGAUGACUGGGAUCUUGUUGCCCAAAAUGUGAGAACAAAGAACAAACAUGAAUGUAUCUUGAAACUUAUACAGCUGCCAUUUGGUGCUCUUAUGCUGGGUUCUGACAACAAAAAUAACAAAAUUAUGGAUUCAAAUGGUGAUGAAAAUGGUCUGGAACUUGCACAACCACCUUCAAGUGAGCCCCAAAUAGCUACGGGAACAGAACUUCAACCCAAUGACAGUAAGAAUGAGAAAGAGAGUGCAGAUGAUGAAAACCAAGGGCGUCCUAUGAAAAGAAGAUGCAGUGUGCCAAUUUCAGAACUUGGCAGUUCAUUGAUAAAGCAGGUAGCCCACAUCUCUCCUGUUGUUGGUCCAUGGGUUACCUCUUCUGCAACUGAGGCAGCUGUUACAGCAAUCUGCUACGAAAACCAGUGUUCUAGGGAGCUUUUCGAUGGCAUUGAUAGUCUUGAUGAAGAGUUGGGUUCAUCUCUUGAAAAUAAUGAACAAGAAAGGGAUAAUCAAGUAGAAGAUGUCCAGAUGGACAAAAUGUGUUCAGGGGAUAAAAUCUCAUCCGAGAGGUCCGAGAGGAGUGCUAUACCUCUGAUGUUACAGAUGAGGGCUGCAACUGCGACUGCUCUGGGUGCGGCUGCUGCUCAUUCAAAAUUAUUGGCUGAUCAGGAAGAGAGAGAAAUGGAAUAUUUGGUUUCAAGUUUAAUUGAUACCCAGUUGAAGAAGUUGCAUGCCAAAGUUAAACAUAUGGAGGAACUUGAGUUGAUAAUGGGAAAUCAGCAAACGCGGAUGAAGCAAGUAGAGGCAGACUUAAUCGAUGAGCGAAUAUCUGUCUUGCAGAGAGUUUUUAGCAAUGGGACUGCAACGAAAUCCAGGGUUGAUGUAUCAUCUUCUAUUAUCGUGGAUUCUUAGCAACCGACUACAGCAUAGCCAAUGCAAUGUCACGGCGUUUCUUUCCUUUGUGGGCAUAGGACGAGACACGGGUUCAUCGGGACCAUCCGAGACCUGCAAUAAUCAACCAAGGGAGGGUUGGACCAUCCGACACUUGCAGUGAUCAACCUAGGGAGGCUUGGACCAUCCGACACCUCCAUAUUGCAACAGUUGGGCUCUAAUUUGGCCUAGUGCUUGUCCAUGGGAAUGUGAGAAGAGAUAAAUUGGGUUUAAUUAUAUAUUGUUGGCAAAGAGUAGAGUCUACAUCUGGUACUUGUAGAGCUUCUAUGAUUAGUAUAGUUGUCUCCAAGUAAUUCUAAGAAUCGAAUUUGGGUGUUGCCUUCUUGAGUCCCCUUGCCAACUAUGCAUGCCCACUAACAAUUAAUUAUUCGUGUCGAUUAAAUUUUUCCAGGGACUUAUUAGGAUUUGACAUGACCACGGAUCCAAGAACUUUUCCAAUCUGCAAAAAAUUCUUGUAAAUAGCGGGUUUGUAUUUAGAUUUUUGGGUUAUAGGCCUCUGCUUGUCUCGUACGUAAUAAAAGGAGGCCCAUAAACUUAAGGGUUAGGC